CCCACAGUCGACACGAUGAGGGACAACACCGUGCUGCUGUUUCUUUUAAGUUCAAUUUUGGUUUGGCCAGUGUUCGGACGCUACGGGAAUAUGCACGUGUUACGAUCAAAGGCGAUUAUCACGGGCCUUAUGUGUAGCUGUCAUGAAGCAAAUAUCAAGACUGCAUCAAAAGAGCAUCCUUCCACACAGUGGGUGUUCCUGGACAAUAUCGCCAGCUCGUCAUACAGUGUGAAGGGCUGACAACAAAGUCGCUGCUGCACAGGUACGACGGUGGCGUCAUGUACAUUCAGAAGAGGACGUCAUCUGGACCGAUUACCGUAGCAACCGUGCGACGCCGCAAGUCUGCGUCUGUAAACAGCAAGAUUUUCGUUUCCGGAGUAUACCCCAUCAAAAUGAAAGUACUCAUUCCGAGUCCGACUUGUGAUGACGUCACAACCUAUGUGUGCAAUAUCAACACGAGUUACUCACAUUGUCAUGGGAAACAGAUUCAGGUGAAAAUGGAUGACUGUGGAUCUAAAACUGUGGACAUCCUUCCAGACGAAGAAGACGAAAAGGAUGUGCAGUGUUCCGGUUCAUCUCCUGUGUCUACUUCUCGCCCGCAGUCAGAUGAUCUGCCCGCUGAAACGAACCCUUCAGGCGUGCCUGUCUAUGUUGUGAUCAUCGGGUGUGUGACGUCAGUGCUCCUCACAGCGGCACUGUACACGGCAGUGGUGGUUGGAUGGACAAAGUGUAAGUGUCAGACCCAGACCUUGACCUUGGCCAACACGGACACUGAGGGUAACUACGAAACUACCACAAGAGAUGUGAACGUUGAGGAAAAUGCAUACUGCUCUUUGACCCCUGUCCAGACCGCCUACGUAAACAUCAACAUCAACAACCAGCCAACGUCAUCAACAUCGGCAGCAUCACCAGCGUCACCGUCCUCAAAUACUAACAUGUAUUACUCUGUCGUGGAAGAUAGUGCUGUUUAACACACACAUAAAGCUGCAUGGCA